AUGAAUGUUGAAUCCUCAUGGAAGGCAGGGGGUUCCUCAGACAAGGUGGUGGGAGGAAGAGCAGGGAGCAGGGAGGAAAGUUACCACCGCCACACCCCAGGGCGCUUUGGUGCCACAGAUCUUCAGAAGAAGGUGGCAGUUACAGAUGUUGCAACACAUCAGGGUCAUGGCAGGGUACCUGAGGUUCCUGCAGACUGUAAGAGGGAGCGCUCUGGCCGGGCGCUGAGGCCUCUGGUCUCAUUCAGCUGGCACCGUUCACUACCUCGAGUGACACCCUGCUCUACCAGCUGCAGCUUGGCAGUAGAACCAGGAGAGGGCGCCCACGGACCUGUCUUUGCCUGGCUCCUAGCAGAGCCUCGCGACCGGAGGGGGAAACUAGCAAACAAACAAGAGUUCUGCCCUUUAAGCAAUUGCUUUCUCGGUUCUUUAUCAGAAUAUCACUGGGCUGUAAAGGUGUCUGUCUGUAUGUACAUCAAAAACAAACCAGUGAGUCUGUUCUUUUCUUGCUCUGUGAUCAGCCCCAAGUUUGGAGGAUUCUUUACCACUGAGCCGUCUGGGAAGUCUGACAAAAACAGAUCAGCCGAUACACUGACGUCUUGGAGGAUUCUCCAGAUUUCUACUGUACAUGGGGACAGCUCCUAUGGUGGAAAAUGGCAAUUUAUGUGGGAUAAGACCUCUACCUGCCCUUACCCAUGUGUCCGCUGCAAGCAUUCUAUGGAAUCCAGGUGCCAUCUAUCUUUCUGCUUCUACACCAAAGAGAAAGCACACAUGCUGAGUUGCGGCAAAGUGCUCCAGCUAUGAGAGAAGUAGGUUGAGGAAGAUGCCACAUGCUUAAUUUUCCUAGUCAUGCAGAACUAGAUCAAAUCUCAUAUAACCAUGUCAUAAGGCAUUGGGCAUCUAUAAAUAAUCUUGUGUUUUAAUAAUGGAUUUUGAAGUUUUAUUUUGGCUUUGCUCACUAGGAUAAAGGCAGGCAGAAUGGUCAUUGUGAGAAGGAAGUGAAACAGUCUGGAUAUGAGAUUCAAAUGCUGCUGUGGUCUCUGGUGCUUUCUCCUAUAUGUCACUUGGACUUCUAUUGUUUCAGCAGAAAAAUGGGCCAAAACUCACAUUGUUUAUUUGAUAAAGGGUUGCUUAAA